AUGCAUAUUGAUUGAAAAGGAAAUUUCAGCAUGCAUUGUGGAAAAUGGCUCUCUUUUGCUCUGACAAUGGCUCAGUUUGGACCAUGUCUUCCUUGUACACCCAGCUGUGAUGGUGAUGAGUUGGAACACAUUUUUCUGAGACCUCAGAGUGUGAAAUAUAGUGGCAUUCGGAGAAUUCUCUUUGUUCAUGAGGAAGUAACACAGCCUUUGAUGUCAGACCAGAUGGAAUCUGACUUAAACAAGCAAGAUAGUUCUCUGACUGACAGUGGGCCACAGUUUUUGGAUGGGCCUUAUGAAGCCACUGUUCCUGAAAUGUGCGCCAAAGGUACUUCAGUGAUUCAGGUUACAGCUACAGAUCCAGACCCAAUGGGCACCCGCCUGUUCUACAGCAUCCCUCCAAAACAGCCCUAUUUCUCUGUGGAGCCAACAACAGGAAUCAUAAGAACACUAUACCCUGUGGACAGAGAAACCCAAGAUCAGUAUUUUGUUGUUGUCCAAGCAAGAGUUGGUCAAACAAGUAGGCGUUCUGCAACAACAACUGUAACCAUCAACAUUUCUGAUGUUAAUGACAAUCCUCCCCGAUUUCAACACAAGCGCUAUGACAUGCAUGUCUCUGAGACAGCACCUAUCGGCAUCAUACUAGGCAAAAUCAUGGCAGAUGACAAUGACAUAGGGGACAAUGCAGCCAUGGACUAUAUGAUAGAAGGAGAACGUCCUCACAUUGUUUACAUCAUUACUAACAAUAAGACUCAAGAAGGAACUGUCAUAUUAAACAAGACAGUGGAUUAUGAAAACCAAAGUGUAUAUGAUAUUAGAGUGAAAGGUAUCAACAGACACAUAGAUAAACGUUUCCUGACAGGAGAAGCUAGAUUUGAAGACACCACUGUUCUUAGGAUCAGAGUGCAGGAUGUUGAUGAACCACCAAUUUUCAUGUCAAAGGAAUUUUUCAUGGAGAUUUCUGAAGAUGAAAUGAACAAUUCAUUUGUGGGAACUGUGAGUGCCAGAGAUCCAGAUAAAGCCAACAGUCCUAUCAGGUAUUCUAUUGUCCACAGCAAGUAUUUAAAGAGAUUGUUCAGCAUCGAUGCACACAAUGGAACAAUCAGUAUUACUAAACCUCUGGACCGAGAGAUAGCAGCUUGGCACAACAUAACCGUUACAGCCACAGAAUCAAUAAACCCAGAACAAAUAGCAGAGGUGAAUGUUUAUAUCCAAGUUCUUGAUAUCAAUGAAUAUGCACCAGAAAUUUCAGAAUAUUAUGAGAUGUAUGUCUGUGAAAAUGCAAGAUCUGGACAGCUUAUUCAAACCAUCAGUGCAGUAGAUAAAGAUGAUCCCAUGGAAGGCCAUCAUUUUUUCUUCUAUCUGACUGAGGAGGCUACGAACAUCUCUGGUUUUGCAGUCAAGGAUAAUCAAAAUAACACAGCCAGAAUUGUUACCACUAGAAAUGGGUUCCAUCAUCGAGAUCAGCUUCUUUUCCCCUUGUCAGUUCUAGUUGCUGACAAUGGUACCCCAUCCCUUACCAGCACCAACACUCUAACAGUUACUGUGUGUGACUGUGAUGAAGAAGUUAAUUUCCAGUCAUGCAGAUAUGGAGCUAUUCUCUUUUCAAUGGGUAUCAGUGUACAAGCUUUAGUUGCUGUUGUGGCUUGCAUACUGAUAAUAUUAGUCUUUGUUCUGGCGAUCGUGGCCUUGAGACAGCAGACAAAGCCAUCUCUGUUUCCUGAGAAAGGAGAACCAUUCAGAGAGAACAUUGUUAAGUAUGAUGAUGAAGGGGGUGGAGAGCAGGACACUGAGGCUUAUAAUAUUUCAGCACUGAGGACCCAGCCUAUCUUGAGAGAACACAAGCCUCGAAGAAAUAUCACAACACAGAUCCAGAGCCUUUACAGGCAGUCUCUACAGGUCGGCCCUGAAAGUGCUGUAUUUCGGGAAUUCAUUGCUCAGAAGCUAGAAGAAGCCAACUCUGAUCCUGAUGUUCCCCCUUAUGAUUCCCUUCAGACUUAUGCUUUUGAAGGAACUGGAUCAGUAGCUGGUUCUCUGAGUACACUAGGAUCAAGUUCACCUGAUUCAGUUGAAAAUGAGGGCUACCUAUUUGAAUUGGAUACCCAAUUCCAGGGAGUAGGAAGUAUUCAUGGUUCUGCAAAAAAAGUGAGGUUUUAGGAUCUAAUAAUGGUCACAAAAUAGAAAAGGUAUAAGACUUGUUGCUGGGGUAACUAUUACAACAGAGUGUUAUAUGAAAGUGGAAAAGCUGAACACAAUGAAGUCAAUACAUUUUUAAAUUAAAGUGCAAAUCAUAUCAAAUCUUAAUAUUUAAAUGAAAUCAAUGGCCUUCAUUUGCCAGAAAUAUAAUGGUUAUUUGUAUAACUUAUGCAUAUCAUGCUGGAAUAAAAGUUUAUGUACAUCCAUAAGAAGAGAAGGUAUGGUGAUGAAGAAGCAGCGAGUCUGUGCAAUUGUAUUCAAUGUAGCAUCUUCUUUGCCUUAUCACGUACGAGGAUACUUUCUGUUGUAAAAACAUGUCCCUACUAAGAUGCUUUUCUUUCUGAUUACUGGAACUAGAUUGUUGGUACCAAUAGAUUAUUGAUGAAAAAAAGAUAAUGUAUAAUACAACCACAGAAAACCAAAACUGUGUGUAAAUAUUCUCCACAGAUUAAGCUUUGCAAAUAUUUAAAUAUCUGUAAUAUUCAAAACUGUAAACUAAAUUGUUUGUAUUAUAUUUUGUACCAUAAAUAUGGCAUUCAGUGUAUUUUAUGGUUGAGGCUAGAAAGCUGAAAAAAAUCUGGAUGGAAACAUGGAGAGAGAGAAAAAAAUACUGUUUUUGACCAGAAAAUUGUAGAUACUUUCAGACAAAUCCCGAGCUCAAGUAUAACAAUUUUUCUCUCACACACAGUUAUUCAGAUUUUUUUUCAUCUGAAUUUGGUCAAGUUCAGAUAUGCUAAUCAUUUGAGAUUUGACCAUUUGGGAGUCUAAAUAUAUGCUAGAACUGAAACAAGUGAAUUUAUCUUCAAAAAUAAAAUUGUAAUUAUCAUCCAGUAGCAAGGUUUAAACUACCAUAUUUCUGCUGACACAAAGGGAGUUUCUCCCCCUGCAUUUGUUCUCUAUCCCUCACCAUAUUGAAUCAUUUUCUAUAAGCUUUCCCAGCUCUUCAGAACAGAUUUGAAGGAGGAGACCUACAUGUGGAAGGUGAUGAAGUUCAGUUCCCUCUUGGUUCUGCUGAUACCUCUGAAUCCUGGCCAACAUAAUUUGUCAGUAUUCAAACAUGAAGUUCUGAAAUAGUUAGGAGUUAUGUAUAAUUAAGUGUGACUUUUUAUUAAACUAUUUAGAAACUUUAAACUCCUAAUUAGUUUCCUCACUAGCUGAAUCUGAAAGAGAGUGAAAAAUAGAACAGGUUAAAGUGUGAAUCAAUAUUCAGCUUAAAUAUGAUAAUCAAGCAUGUUCCAUAAAACCAAAUACCAUUCAGUUUUGGGCAUUUCCACCUUUUAUUAAGAGCUUAAAAUAUGACUGAUUUCCCAGCACAGAUUUUUUUUUUAUUAUGGAAUAUAAAAUUAGGUGCAGCACUCAAUUUUAUUGUCACAGUAUUAGAGAUCUUUAAAAUGCUAAGAUGGUGGACAUAAAACUUUAUGUAUAACAUUAGAUAAUAUGAUAGUAAAACACUUUAAUAUUAAUCCAGCUCUCAGAAAAUGAUCCUAUUUCAUUUCAUCUCCCAGGAAUCAAACCCAGCUUCUAAAUGAAAUUCCUUUACUGGAUUAUUAUUGUUGUUUGUACAAUCUACAAUCGGUGCAAAGUUGACUCUGAAAUAUAAUUCUUUGUCACUUUAUCUCUAUGGUUGAUCAGCACAAAAUAUUGGGAUCUAAAAGCUGUCAAAUUCAUCCCUGUGGCAUUUGCUGAACAGAGAGCACUUCUUAUUUAUUUACCCUGUUUCUAUUAGGUGUUUAUUUUGUAGCCUCAGCAUCAUGUAAUCAACUAAAACAUUUCAACAGCACUAAAAAUUGCCAUUGUGAUAGGGAAAACCAGCCAGUUAAUUACUUUAAAAUAAAAGAGUUGAGAAAUCACAAGAGUAGUGAGAAGACAAAGGAAAAGCAAAAUUGCAGGUAUCAGAGUCUGUACUAUUGCUUGUUAGAAGAAGAAGAAAAAAGUGUGUGUGUGUGUGGGGGGGGUAAAUGAAAAGGCUCCAAAAAAACAUUUUACCUGCCAUUUUAAAUAUGUUUUAUUGGAACUGGAAAGGGACUAUAUUGGAAAUCUAAUUCAA